AUGCCGCCGACACAAACAGCUUCUUCUCCGAUAAGUGACCAUGUUGAAAAGCCCCUACAGAUUGCCACUGCCAGUAGCCCGUCUGCGUCUGCCGGUGCCGCGACCGGGCGCAAGAUCACAGGUGUUGCGUGGUUUGUUGUCAAUGUUGCCCUGCUGUCAGCGACUUUUCUGUAUACCUUCGACAAUACCGUGACCGCAACGGUGCGGCCUGCCAUUGUCGACACAUUUGGCAAUCGCAUAGAUAUGCUACCAUGGGUUUCAGUGGCGUAUCCCAUGGGUGAAGUUGGAACCGACCCUAUCUGGGCGAAGCUCAACAAGUUCCUCGACGGCAAGCUUGUCUUUCUCGCUGCCCUGAUUAUCUUCGAAGUAGGAUCUGCGGUGAUUGGCUCAGCGUCAUCCAUUGGCGCCGUCGUCGCGGGUCGUGCUCUGGCUGGCUCCGGUGGCUCUGGCAUCUACGUCGGCACCAUUAGCAUGAUCACUGGAAUGACGACUGCCAAAGAACAAAACCAAUAUCUCAACAUUGUCGACAUGGCGUGGAGCUUAGGAACUAUUCUUGGCCCCGUUAUAGGAUCUGCGUUUGCUGAUUCGCCUGCAACAUGGAGAUGGGCUUUUUACAUCAAUAUCUGCGUUGCCGCCGUUGCCGCCGUUGCCGCCCCCGCAUGUAUCUGGAUUAUGCCUUCGGCGCCACCUAGCGUGUCCCUAGGAGCCAUGGACGUGAUCAGGGCAUUUGACCAUUUGGGUGCUGUGCUAAUUCUUGGCUCUGCUGUGUCGACAGUCAUGCUUCUAGGGUUUGGCGGCGUCGUGUACAGCUGGGAUAGCGGCCAGAUGAUUGGACUUUACGUUGCCAUUGCUAUUCUAUGGAUCAUGUUUGCUCUGCAGCAGAAAUUCCACCUUUUUACGUCGGAUCGCAUUUUCCCCGUGCAAUAUUUCAAGGAUCCAUUGGUGGUUGGCCUGUGGAUCUGGACAAUUGUCGCAAUUUCUGAAAUCGUUUUUGUGCUGCAUGACUCUUCGAUGCGCUCUGCAGUCUAUACCCUGCCAUUUGUAGCAUCUAUUGUGGUAAGUGCGGGCAUUAGCGGGGGAGUGAUGCCCAAGUUCCCAUGGUACAAGUGCUGGUUCAUCUGGGCCAGUGUCCUGCUCCUUGUUAGCAACGGCCUGCUGUCCAGCAUUCACACGAAUACCUCUCGGGCUACCAUUUGUGGAUAUACCGUUAUCCAGGGUUUUGGUGUCGGACCAGUCAUUCAACUUGGAUAUACUGUGGGCCAGUUGAAGCGUCCGCAGGCGGCAAGGAAAGACGUUACAGCUUUCUUCUCUUGUGCGCAGAUGGGUGGUCUAGCCUUGUCACUGGGCAUCGCUACGUCUGUUCUUAUCAACCAUGCUACGGAGAAGAUAUCGCACAUUCUCCCAAAUGUUCCUAUUAGCGAAAUCAGAGGCGCUAUUGAUGGAGUAGGAAGUAGCCUGCUCGCGACGUUGUCCGAACAUGUUCGUGCUCAGGUCACGAACGCAGUUACGCAGAGUGUAGCUUCUGUGUUUUACCUGAACAUAUUCGGUGCAGCGCCUGGGUUCUUUAUCGCCCUUCCUCUCAAAUUUGAGAAAUGGCAUUUCGCCGCGCUGCAAUAA